AUGCGAGCGCGCAAUGACGGCUUUGGCUAUAUCCAAUCUACCGGAGCACCCACAGCCGCUCAGGACUCUUACCGGGUUAUGGCAUUUCCGGAGCCCCAGUCCAAAAUUGCGACUCCUGUCACCGUAACGCUUCCCCUUGGGGCUGUGACGUCAUCCGGGGCAUCUGGGUCAACUACCGUCUUUGUCAACACGGAUCCGCUCACCGUCCGCAUCGUGACGAGCGUCCCCCGGCGGACGUCCGAGCGGCUCUUCCCCGUGCUCAUCGAGUUCUCAUCGGCGGCCCUCGGCUUCGCGCAGGCGGACGUCCGGAUUACGGGCGGCAACAUUAGCUGCUUUUCGUCCGUGGACCAGAACGUCGGGCGCGUGUUCCAAGUCCUGGUCCAAACCCCCAAAACCUCGCACCUCGAGAUUAGCGUCCCGGCGGGCGUGGUUAGGGAUAACUACGGCAACGCUAACCAGGCGUCCAACGUCCUACUCGUUGACAUCCGUGACGUCACCCGCCAGGCCCAGGCGGUGUGGGCCACCUCCACCGCCGCCUUCGGCACCACCGCGCUCCUCUCCGGCGCCACGUCAGCGCUCGUUGCGUACACGUCACGCGGCCACGUGGCGCCCCCGGGGCUCUCGGGGUACCUCUCCUCGCAGCCGCUUCCGCCCGGGAGCUUCUCUCCGGUGAUCGGAACGCACCCGGCGCGGAAUCUGCUGGGGACUCUUUUCCACAUGCAGCUCUUUGCGAUGGCGGAACGCCUGGCCGUUCCGCUGCCCACGCUGUUCCGGGAGUGCGCGCACGGACUGCGCUGGACGCUCUUCCAGGUCCCUCUCCCGGAGGAUACCAAGUUGUUCGACAACCUCAACCUCGCGCGCGAGAAGACCGGCGCCGCCGCGACCACCGAUUGCGCUGCCCUACAGCAGCGGUUCCUCUCUCUAACCGCACGGUUAGGCCUUCUCGAAACCCAAAACGGGUACGAAAGUCUCGGCGGAAACCGCUCGGCGUCGGCCUUCCUUCCGGGUUUGUUGCCGGGGCCAAAUCGAGGCCACGAGUGGGAUCGGGUAGAGGUUUCGACGAGGAGGGGUUUGAAGUGCACGGGGGACGAUGAGUGUCUUACGGAAAGGGACGGGUUAAACGCGGGUCAGAGCCACGCCCGCAGGUUAAAGGAUGAUCCGUCCACCAAACCCGUUUUCCUACACCUCAACGACGGGGAACUGCUGUAUAAGACCAACCCGGACGAGCUCGGUUUGCACCACCGUUUUGACGCCGACCGCGCGGGCGUGAGCGAGGAGCGGAUAGCGUAUGGGGGAGGGGGAUCGCCUAUCGAGCGCGCCAGGCAUAGCUCGACUCAGGCGCUGAAAUAUGCCAUGAGCCUCCACCCCGACUGGGAACUGGACGGCGCCAAGCGCGCCCUGAUGUCCGAAACGGUUGGUUCCCGGUACGUAGCGUACGAGGAGCGAUCCGAACCGUCCGAGGAUGACGUCAGCAUCCACUCGGCCCUGAGUCGGUGGUCCCGUGACCCGGGCACGCUCGGCGCGGCUGGGGCGUUGAAUCGGGGUGCCGAAGCGUCCGAAACAAACACCAACACCUCCGAACUUCGAACCGAAGCGUCCGAAGAAGGAAUUGGAGCGUUCGAGGAAGGUUUUGGUGCGUCCGAAAAUAACAUCAGGCCGUCCGGAAGGGUCCUCACUGCGUCCGGGCAAAGCGCCAAACCGUCCGGAAAAAGCACGGCGACGUCCGGGAUCGAAACGGGGGCGUCCGAAGGAGACACCAGCGCGUCCGGGAAAGCUGCCACGUGGACUCCUGACGUCCUCGCUGAGAUCAUCACGUACCAGCGGCGGUCGCUGCUGCAGGCGCCGGCUGCCGGGGGCGUCCCGGAGCUGACCCCGGUCGAGUUUUCGUACCUGCAGCAGUGGACGGCAGGCUUCCUGAGUGCCCGGGUGAACAACCCGGGGGGGCACGCGGAGUUCCGUCAGUUUUGGCGCGCGCUCAUCUGGGCCGUCGUCUUCCUCAUCGUCCUCACUUUCCUGCACACUCUCCUCUUCGCCGUGUGGCGCGCACGCGUGCGCGGGCGCAAUUUGGCCACCGGGGCGCUCCUCCACCCGCGCUUCGAGCUGUUCUUGGUGGCGGUAACGGUGGCGGGGAUCGCGCACUCUAGUUCGAUCGUCAUCGCGGGGACGUCCGCGUGGGGCCUCGGGCUGGGGCUCGCGCUUCUAGUUCUCUGGCCGGGGCUGUUCGUCGUCUGGAUGCUGCUGUUCCUGUGGAUCAAAGUCGUGCGGGGCGAGCGAGUUGGUUAUUUCCUGGCCAGCGUAGAUGAGGACGGGGCGCCCAAAGGGGGGAGAUUCCAGCGGCUGUUGUCGAGAAAGCGACCGGGGAAAGGGUACUGGGUCUCGAUACAACCGGGGGAAACGAAGUUCUUGUCGCGAUGGGGCAGUCUCUUCGAGGACACCCGCGGGCUGGCCGUCGUCUCCGAUCCGUCUUCCGCUCCGUAUUUCCCGACCGGAACCGGAACGAAUACCCCACAGAAAACGCCGCCUCGAACAGACGGGACCACGGGUGCUGACGUAGGGCGGGGGGGUACGAAUAAGGAGCGGCGCGCCUCGAGGGCGCGCGUAUCUUAUCGCGUCAUCGAGCUGACGCGCGUGAUAGCGUAUGCCAUUCUGCUGGGGGCGUUUGGGAGCUCGCAGCACAGCUUGGGUCAGGUUGUGGCGGUGCUGGCGGUGUCAAUCGUGCAGGUCUUCCUCCUGAUAUUGAUACGGCCGUUCAUAAGCCGGCGGCUCCAAUUCGUGGAGACGCUAUCGUGCGCGUGCGAGGUGGGCAUCUUCGUGUGCGCGCUCGUUUUCCUCCAGGCGCCCAACGGCGUCCACCAGAGCGGCAUCGCCUGGGCCAUGGUCGCCCUCUUCCUGCUCAGCCUCGCGGCGCAACUCGUGAACCAACUCGUGGCACUCUUCCAGCAACUAGCCGGCGUCAGGCGGCCCCCGGCCUCGUCGUGUGACGAUCUGCCCGGUACGGUCAACCGGCCAGGUGACACUGAGUGGGCCACGCCAGAACCCUCCCGUCACUCCUCUCGCACCGGGAGCGAACGACCAGACAGUCCUGACAUUUUUGACGACCCACAAUCGCCGGAGACGCCCCUUAGAGUGAACCGAACCGCCCGGGCUAUAAGCUUUGAAUAG